CUCUCUACUGGGUCAGGAUAGGAAGGCUUACCCAGGCAGAGGAGGAAACGUGUCAGGAGAGGUGAUGACACAGCCUCGUAGACGUAUUCACAUCCUCACAGACUUCUGAGAUUGUCACUCGCUGCCGCUUGAGCCGCCGCUCCUGCAUCCUGCUGGAGGGAGAGGGCUAAAGAUAGCUGCCAGCCUCCCUCCACACCUCUCCCUCUUCCUCUCUUUCUCACUUUGUUGGCGGACGAUGGGAUUUUAAUCAUGUGGAAGACAGCUGAGCGGCUCUUCUGGAUUUUGCUGACGCCGUGCCUGGUCCCGCCUGGCUUCUUCUGAGCAGGAUGGACACUCUGGAGUCAGAGCUUACCUGCCCAAUCUGCCUGGAGCUCUUUGAAGAUCCGUUGCUGCUCCCCUGUGCCCACAGCCUGUGCUUUGGCUGCGCCCACCGCAUCCUCGUCUCUCACUGUGCCACCAACGAGUCUGUCCAGAGCAUUGGCGCAUUCCAGUGCCCCACUUGUAGAUAUGUCAUUUCCCUAAGUCCGGAACGUGGACUAGACGGACUUAAGAGAAACGUGACGUUGCAGAACAUCAUUGACAGAGUUCAGCGAGCCUCAUCUUCGGCUGGGCUUCCCCUACCAUUGCCAUUGCCAUUGCCUGCUCCCAAUAGCGGGCCCAACUCUCCCAGCAAAGAAGGAAGCAACCGGCUGGCUCUGGUCCCCGUCAGUGCUGCCAUGUCCAGCCCAGGCACUACACCAGAGCCCAUCCAGUGCCAGUUCUGUGAGCAGGACCCACCUCAGGAAGCAGUUAAGACAUGCGUGACAUGUGAGGUAUCGUAUUGCGAGGAAUGCCUCAAAGCAACUCACCCCAACAAGAAGCCAUUCACGGGUCACAGGCUCAUUGAGCCGAUGCCUGAUUCCCACCUCAGAGGGCUCCAGUGCCUGGAGCAUGAGGAGGAGAAGGUGAACAUGUACUGUGUUAGUGAUGAUCAGCUAAUCUGCUCACUCUGCAAAUUGGUUGGAAGGCACAGGGACCACCAGGUGGCAGCAUUGAGCGACCGCUAUGAAAAACUCAAGCAAGCCCUCGACUCCAACCUGAGCAAUUUAAUCAAGAGGAACAAUGAGCUGGAGUCUCUAAUGGAGAAACUGAUCCAGACUUGCCAACACGUAGAGGUGAACGCGUCCCGUCAGGAGGGGAAGCUCUUGGAAGAGUGUGAUGUCCUGAUUGACAUAAUUCAGCAGAGGAGGCAAAUCAUUGGCAACAAGAUUAAAGAGGGGAAGACUCAAAGGCUUCGCAAGCUGGCCCAGCAGAUUUCCAACUGCAAGCAGUGCAUCGAGAAGUCCUCCGCCCUCAUCGUGCAAGCUGAUCAGACCCUGAAAGAAACUGAUCACGCUCGCUUCCUGCAGACAGCCAAGAGCAUCAGUGAGAGGGUUUCCAUGGCAACUGCAUCAACCCAGGUGCUGAUCCCUGAGAUACACCUCACAGACACCUUCGACACUUUUGCCCUGGACUUCACAAGGGAGAAGAAGUUGCUUGAGAAUCUGGAUUACCUCACUGCUCCAAGUGCACCGAGCAUUCGGGAGGAGUUGUGCACGGCUUCCUACGAUACAAUCAGUGUCCACUGGACGUCCGAUGAUGAGUUCUCAGUUUUGUCCUAUGAGCUCCAGUAUGCCAUCUUCACUGGACAGUCCAACAUUGCCAGUCUAUGUAAGUCACUGGAAAGUUGGAUGAUUGUUCCUAACAUCAAGCAGAACCACUACACCGUUCACGGUCUGCAAAGCGGCACAAAGUACAUCUUUGUUGUAAAGGCCAUUAAUCAGGCAGGAAGUAGAAGCAGUGAACCAGGGACUCUGAAGACCAACAGUCAGCCAUUUAAACUGGACCCCAAAUCUGCCCACAAGAAGCUAAAGGUGUCACAUGAUAAUCUCACGGUGGAGCGGGAUGAAACCACGUCCAAGAAAGGUCAUAGCCAGGAUCGGUUCUCCAGCCAGAGCAGCUAUGGCGUGGUGGGAAAUGUUUAUAUUGACAGUGGGCGUCACUACUGGGAGGCUUUAAUAGGAGGGAGCACAUGGUACGCGAUAGGGAUUGCCUACAAAUCGGCCCCCAAACACGAAUGGAUUGGCAAGAACUCAGCCUCUUGGGUUCUGUGCCGUUGCAACAACUCUUGGGUGGUUCGCCACAACAGUAAGGAGAUGGCAAUCGAGCCCUCGCCCCACCUUCGGCGCAUUGGGAUCCUGCUCGACUACGAUGCCGGAUACGUGUCCUUCUACGAUGCCAUCGGCUCCCAGCAUCUUCACACUUUUCAUGUCUCAUUUCUCCAGCCUGUUUGUCCUGUGUUCAACGUGUGGAACAAGUGUCUGACAAUUCUCACUGGACUACCUAUCCCUGACCAUCUAGAGGGACUGGAACCAAGCAACUGAAAGCAACAUAUUUUAUUAUGUUCUAAAAUUUAUCCACCAUAAGUCAUUGUCAAAAAGCUGCACUAGGAAAGGGUCUCUAAAUAGUUCCUUUUGAUUUGAUGAAGGUCAGAAGUGUUGUUCAUUCUCUUCUUCCACACAUUAAAUUCCACUAGUAUAGAUUUGCUCUUAGAGGAAGUAACAAAACAAUAAAAACAAACCGUUUCCUCUCUGAUCAGAUCAGCAUUCAGCUUUUCCUAUUGGUUUUCCUCCACAGAAGCCAUAGCAGACAGGCUUUUGUAAGAGAAAUGAGUAUUUGAGCUUCCCAAAACAAGAAGCAAUGGGUUAGAUAUACCUUGUACAAUGCACAAUGGGUCACAAAUAGAAUUCGAGUAAUAAUUGCGAAGCUGAAACAAGCCACAACUCAAUGUAAUUUUUUUACACAUAACUUUCUCUGAAACAGCACUUUGAAAAUAAAAACAAGGCAUUCACACAUUGCUUUUAAUCAGCCAUGGCUGAAGAAGAAACCCGACUAACAGGUGCAAAUUUUGUAAAGUUGUUGCCCCUUGAUGUCCCUGUUAAUCUUUCCCCAGUUCAAUGAAAUGGAAAAACCAAAGUAGCCGUGGCUGCUUGUUGAGAUAAACUUAAUUCUAUGAUAAAAGACUUGUUUAUUUUUUUAAAAUGAUGGAAAGGAUUAUGGUAAUAUAAAAUGCAGGUUUCCCUUAAACCUUGUUUUUUGCACAUUGUUUACACUUUAUUCAUGGUUUUGUAGCUUGAAAGAUCUAACUUUUGUGCAAUUUACAUGCAUUCUUACUGGGAAAUUAGUUGUCUUUUUUGACGUAAUGUGAUAAUUAUAAUUUUCUUUUUUUUUGUGAUCAUAGGUUUAAGGAGUGUAUAAUAAGUGAGUUGUCUUACAGCAGUAGCCCUGAGGUGAUACCGAAAGGCUAAAGGAGGUGUUUUUUUCCUAACAUUUUGGCAAAAAAAAUUUUUUUCAAAACUUUAUAUUCAGUUUUUCCUCUUAGAUUUAAAUUUUCAGUCAAUACAUGUACAUUUACAGUUGUGAAAAUCAUUUUUCACUUCUACGAUACUAUAUGGCCAGGCACUCUGGGCUCAUUUUAGACUUGUUACACCACAGUGAAGUCAAUAAAAUGCACAUGAUUCUUUUCUAAUCUUGAUUAUAAUUUUGUUGAUUUUUCAUACAUAAAGGGACAAAAAAAUAACCUCUGGUGUAUUAUGUAGUAAUGUCUAAAAUGCCAUUUUUCUAUGUACAUAGAACAUUUUCCCAUAAAUUCAGAUGUGUUGGUUUAUUUGCACAAAGAACAAACAAGAUGUUUAACUCUCUUUUCUUUGGCAGCCCAUUGAAUACAUUGUAUUUCAUUGUAUCGGACACAAGUAUAUAGUACUUAAUUUAAUUUUUCCGCUAUAACUUUAUGACCACGGUGUUUCAUGUUCAGUCUCUGUGGACAUUUCUAUGGAAAACAAGAUAGAAGUGCUUGGAACAAUGUUGGAGAUAAAUCUAUGAGAUUGUAGAAAAUAAAUAUUGUUUCUUAUUGGA